AUGGAAAUCAAAAACCUCAUAACUCAUAAUAUAAGAAAGAUGUUGCUUUACUUCAAACUUAUUAAUAAACUGGCUUCACCAGAACAAAAAACAUCCCUUGUCACGUUCUCAAAAAUCAAUUUCAACAUUGAGGUGAUUGGGUGCUUUGCAAGAGUGACUGCAACACACUUUGUGACUAACACAAACCCAACACCAAUUGACCUUUCAACCAGCUUUGAGUAUGACAACCAGAGUGCCAUAGUUGGGUACUCAUACAAAGUGAACGACAUAGAGGUGAUCUCGUCGCUCAAAGAGAUUGAAGCUGCUAAGAAAGAAAUAGCAGAUGCAAAAAGUUCUGGAUAUUCGACUUCAGACAUCCAGAAAACAGAUGAUCGCACUCUCAUUCUUUCACUAGGCAAUUUGGACACAACCAAAACUGCUGAGUGUAAAAUAAUAUACGUCACACGCCCUUUCCGUUGUCGACGACAAUUUAGUUCUUACAUCAACUAA